CCGGGAUAUUGUGGUACCAGCUCGCGCGAAAUUUGAGGCGCUCAUAAAUCAGAGUUUACUCUUGUUCGUGGACUCAUUAUUGUGGGUAAAUUUGUGCGUCCUACGCAAGGUUUAUCUUUGUGAUGAAAGCUUUGCUUCUGGGGUAAAAGCUGACCAGCGAUAGUAACUGUUUUCGUAAUGUAGAACGAGUGAUUCUGCCGUGCUGUUGGGACGGCAGUAAGUUUAAGUAUGGCGGAUCAAAAACUGGAGAAACUCGAUGAGAUCGAAAAGGCAGCUCGAAAAAGGCUUGCAGAACUGGAAAAAGAGCAUGCAAAAGCACUAAGGAAACUACAGAGAGCUGAGAAAUCAAAGGAAAGGCAGAGGAGGAGAAAGACAAUCCAUGGCUACCCCAGUCACCCAUCACAGACUUCCAAUGCAACAAAAAGCUGUCCAACAAGUGUACGAAAAAUGUGUGUUCUUGAUACUGUUACAGAGCUUACAACAUCCCCAGUCGAGGAGCAGUCUGGUUCACCUAGAGAAUUACAUGCCCAGUUAUCAAAUAUAACAUUAAACAGGCUUCAAACUCAGCUAUCACAGCCUCUAACAAGUGAGGGAAAUAAACCAACAGACAGGCUUCAUACUAACAAAUCACAAGUUCUGACAAUUGUGAGAAAUAUGCCACCGGACAGGCUUAAUAUCGACCCAACAAGGGUUGUGACAGGUGAGGGGGAUAUGCCAUCAGACAGGCUCCAUAUUGACCAAUCACAGCCUCUGACAAGUGAGGGAAGUAUGGCAUUAGACAAGCGUCAUAUUGACCAAUCAAAGGCUCUAAUAAGUGAGGGACAUAUACCAUCAGACAUGCUUAAUAUUUACCAAUCACAGACUAUGACAAGUGAGGAAAAUAUGCCAUUAGACAGGCGUCAUAUUGACCUAUCACAGCCUCUGACAAGUGAGGGAAAUAUGGCAUUAGACAAGCGUCAUAUUGACCAAUCACAGCCUCUGAAAAUUGAGGGAAAAAUGACAUCAAACAGUCUUUACUCUGUUAUUCAGCAAAGCUUAUUGACAGGACAGGGAACUCAAUCUGAAGAGGCCUUAGGUCUGUCUUGUCUGAAGGACCAAGGCAUAGAAGGAGGACUUUGUACAGGGAAUGACCAUUAUGGAGCUACCAACAACACUAAAGAGCGUGAAAAUGACUCGAUAAGUAUGGACAAUAGAGAUCAAUCUUUAGAGGAUAUCUCCAAAUGUGAUGGACCUUCACAGAGUCUGAUAUCUCGUGAGGUUAAUACUUCUCGACUUGAGAAAGAAGCAGAUCAAGAAAAGGAGUUACCUAAAGUUCCAGUUGGGAAAACACUUACAAAUGGAUAUUCAGCUCACUCUAAUGCGUUUCAUUCUACGCCUGAUUUGCAAAACUGUAAUUUAGUAAAGAACACUGGGUCUAGUGGAUUUAGGCAAGCUAAACUGAAUCAAACAAGUGACUCGGUAGAUAUUAAAGACAAGGACACAAGUAAAGUCAACAGAUUGGAGAUCACAUCGCAAGAUUCGUCUAUAUGUGGCUCGAGUUUGUUAAUUGGUUUUUCUUUGUGUAGAAAUGAUGCCAGUGUUACUAAAAACUCAAAAAAGCCCUCAACGGGGUCCAAACAAUUGUGUUCUCAAUCAGAUACAAUGUCUCUGAGUUUAGGAAGUAAUGAAUCUCGGACAGAAUUUAUUUUUACUGUGAAAAGAAUGCAUAGUUCUGGGCGCUCUGAAGACGACAAUUCCGUAGAACUAGAUUUAGAAGGAGUUAAUAGGGGUAUUCAACCAUCGAUGUCUAGCGUUUCUGAUGAAAGACAACAGUACUUAAAUUCUCAGGAAAGAAAGGAUUGGCUCCACUUGUUUGAGGAAGCUUAUCCAAGGAGGUCUUCAAGAUUGCGGACACCAAGAUCAAAUACAACACACAGCUCUUCAAGAACCUCUAGACAGGCCAAAACAGAACCUAGGGAAACUAAAAGGAAAAGGAAAACCAGCACUGCGCACCCUGACGACGCAAGACCUUCCACGCCACAGUCCUUUGUAGCUCAAGAUCCUAUGCCCAGUACAAUAUGUCAGGAUGACUUUGUGGGUAAUGUUGGUUGCGUAAUUACGUUUAAAGAUGAAGAAAUGCCUAAUUCUUGUAAACCUCGAUUUCCCAGACCCGAGGUCGAGCUAUGGAGGAAUGGCGGCCCAUUUGCUGUGAUCUCUGACUUCUCGCUGCCUGACAAGAACUUUGCUAAGUUGAAACUCGAUAAGAUUAAAAUGGGUAAUUUAGCACCCAGAAAGUCUCUUGAACCUUGUGCGUCUGUGAGCACUUCUGAUGUAGAGAUGCACUGUAAACUGGAAGCAAAAAGAGCUGGAAAGUCAAAGGACGUCUCGACAAGAGCACCUGCUCAAGUGACGACUUCACGAUCUGAUAUUGCUGAAUCAUCGAACUUAGUUGCUUGCUCCCAAUGUGAAGCAGCAUCUACAGAAAAUGAUCAUCUAGGUGUCACUAGUGACGAUCUUUCGCCUCCAAGAAUUCUAAAUGAGACUUAUAUUGUGUGUAAAAAGGUAAUGUCUGCGGCCGAGGAUGAUAAGGAUGGGGACUCGUCCCGGACAUUCGACCAUCCAGAAGAUCCUGCGAGUAGUCCCAACAGAAAAUGCAUUGGUUUGGACGUUAGUGGAAACAUCGGAAGAUGCAGGCUUGAUGGAGGAACGCCCUACAUACAUACUCCAGACGACAGUCUAAAGGAUACAGCGAAAGGGCGUGAAAAUAAUAGUAUUAACUCCCUUCCGUUAGACAUUUCGCAGAAUAGAGAAAAAGCGGCGAUGGGCUUAGUGAACGAGGAUGUUAGUCCCGAAAAGUUUGCUGUGGAAAGUGGGGAGACUCCUCCAAAGCGUUGCAGAACCUCACCCGAUCCAAGUGAUCCAACGUCCCAUACCUCGCCAGAGCCCUGCAUUUCGAAAAGUAUUGCUAAUCACAUAGAAUUGGGGACCACAGUGUUAAAUAGACAGGGAAAUGAGUCCCAAGUUAUGGAACCAAGUGUUGGUGAUGCUGCUACUCCUUAUGGAAAAUCUUCCGACCCCGACGGGAGAGAGAGCUCCGCAUCAAUGGACAUUCAGAGUAGCAGUUUAACACCUGUUCUCAUGCAAGCAUGUUUAGAGCAUAACGACAACGGUAGGGUCCUAGCAAUCUGUCAAUCAUCCUGCGAGCUGGCCAAUGGCCUAAAGACAGAUCUAAUUGCUGUUUGUUUGGCUGACUAUUUUGUGAUCUGGAUGAGAAAUGCAGGACUGGAAUGGAAUGUCCUUCAGACUUGGAGUUUAGAUAAGGAGUACGGGGAUGUGUUCUCUAGCGUGGAAUUCCUUCCUUGUGAGACCCACAUUGCGUUGGUAGCUGGCGGAAAGUUCUCAGAGACUAAUGGGAGAAUAUUUGGCUGCUCGGAAGACAAUGGGUACGACUUUGAAUUGUUCCACCAAGACAUCGAUAGCAGCAAGUCCUUCAUGGACCUGUGCGUGCCACACAAGUCACGUGACCUCGUGCGUGACCCGGAUGUAGAGCUCAUCAUUGCCGGGGGCUGUGCACGUGAUCAGGCUGUUCAAAAGUGGACCUUGGACUCCCUGUGUCUAAAUAUCAAGAAGUGUGAGAAACUCCCUGUUCCCGUAAACACUGAUGGUACCAUCUCAUUGUGUGUUGCGGAAGGCUUAAGUUGCCUGCUUGUUGGUGGUACAAAGCACACUGUUCUUUUAUGGAACUACAAGAGCUGUAUUCUUCUGAAGAUUAUCAACCUGACAAUUUGCCACGCACAGGGCUUGCGAUUACUUCAAGCAGAAUCUCAAAAGGGACUGUUGCUGCUGACCAUCGAAAACAUGUCGUCCAGGAUGGUCCCUCCACACCAUGGGUACUGCGUCUGUGCACUUAAUCCCAAGUCAGGGAAAUUGGUGCAUCUGCAGGACUAUGCCUGUAGUACGCCUGGCAGGUUGGAAAGAGUCAUAUCUUUUGCGGACAGCCAGUACAUUGCUUGCGGGCACUCAGAUGGGACCGUGCAGCUUUGGAACAAGACAUCGCCACAAGCCGCGCCCCUUCUCUGCGUAUUCCAAGGUCCCGUCUGCAGCAUCAGCCUCCACCCAAGUAGACCGUUAGUGGCAUUCGGCGACACGACUGGAUGUGUUCAUCUCUACUCCCUGUGGUAGUAUCGGGCCAAGUCAUGGAAGUUCUGAUGACUCACACAGCAAAGCCAUUAACGACAUCUCUACUCCCUGUGGUAGUAUCGGGCCAAGUCAUGGGAGUUCUGGUGACUCCCACGGCAAAGCCAUUACCGGCAUCUCUACUCCCUGUGGUAGUAUCGGGCCAAGUCAUGGGAGUUCUGGUGACUCCCACAGCAAAGCCAUUAACGACAUCUCUACUCCCUGUGGUAGUAUCGGACCAAGUCAUGGAAGUUCUGGUGACUCCCACGGCAAAGCCAUUACCGGCAUCUCUACUCCCUGUGGUAGUAUCGGACCAAGUCAUGGAAGUUCUGGUGACUCCCACAGCAAAGCCAUUAACGACAUCUCUAUUCCCUGUGGUAGUAUCGGACCAAGUCAUGGAAGUUCUGAUGACUCCCACAGCAAAGCCAUUAACGACAUCUCUACUCCCUGUGGUAGUAUCGGACCAAGUCAUGGAAGUUCUGGUGACUCCCACAGCAAAGCCAUUACCGGCAUCCCUACUCCCUGUGGUAGUAUCGGACCAAGUCAUGGGAGUUCUGGUGACUCCCACGGCAAAGCCAUUACCGGCAUCUCUACUCCCUGUGGUAGUAUCGGGCCAAGUCAUGGAAGUUCUGAUGUCUUUAUGUGCCUGCUAAGCGUAAGGAAAACCGUGUCAGCAGCUUAUAACCUUACUGAACUCAGUUUGUGGACUUGAGUCGUACUGUGAGCACCUGCUUUCCUAAGUCGUACCUGUACAGUGCGUAGCUAUUUGUCGAUGUCACGACUCCUAGGUGAUGUAUCGAUGUUUCCGUCAAACAGAUUUUGAUUCGCUGCCGAAUAACUUAUAAACAAUCGCUUUUUUUAAGACUCUGGGGUGGCCAUUGUUCAAAAUUUGCUUUGUAUCUCAGAACAGUGUUUAAGAGCAUCAAUAUAAAAGGCCCAAAUAGUCUUGAUCGGUAUAGCCCAGAAGAAUAAAUACAAUACACCAAAAACUGGUAUUCGACUCUGCCAAAUUUUAAUUAGACUUCUUCAGUUUUUGGUUCAUUGUGUUACUUUAAUGAGACACAAAGCAAUUGAAAGGCAAUGUCCCUCUCUACUCUGUAAAUAUGUGGGCGUUCUUGUGACUUCGUCGCUCUCUUCGGGGACGCGACUGGAGCAAGUUUACACUAAUUACAACCAAAAAUAUAAAGAAUUAAAAAAAGGAAACUUUU